AUGGCUGCUCUUAAUCUUAAGCUUGUUUUUGGUCUAGCAGUGUUGUGGAUGUUGGUGGUUGAUCCAAUGGCCACCGCCGCACUAACUUGUGAUGAUGUGACAGGUCAACUGUUUCCAUGCUUAACUUACCUGACGUUGCGUGGAAAAAAUGUGCGUCCGCCACCGCAAGGAUGCUGCAAUGGGGUUCGGAGACUGAACAAACAGGCUCAGAGCAAAGCUGAUCGCCAAAAGGCUUGCAACUGCAUAAAAGGGCUGGCUGGGACCUUCACCGGUCUGAAUCUAGACUUGGUUGAAGGCCUUCCUAGAAGGUGCAAUGUCAACAUUCCUUACAAGAUCAGCCCCUCCACGGACUGCAAAAAGGUGAACUAAGAUGAAUAAAGCCGGGAUACGAGCUGGCUGCAUGCAUGCAACAUAUAGAAUAAAGACUUGGAGUUCCAAAAUAAAAUAAUGGGUUCAAUUUAUCGGGGCUAUAUAUAUAUUUGUUUGUCAGUUGUUCUUUCUACGUAUUGAUUGUUACUUUGUAUCUUAUGAACAAAUCCAGUGCUGGUUAUAAUCAAAGUUGAUCCUAUAUA